GCAUGGCUGUAAUAUCCGGUUUGUUGUAAGUUCUAAAGACAACAGUCCGUAUCCGUAGAAGCCAGACGCAGGAGCGCGAAAGGAUAGGCGAGGGCAGCUGAGAACUUGUCCCCUGACUGCAGCGCCCGCCCUAGGUUACCAUGGCAUCUGAACUCACCACUCCGGCCCCCAUUUGCCUGGUAGAAAACCAGAAAGAGCAGCUGAUGGUGAAUCCAGAAGCACUAGAGAUUCUUAACAAUAUAUCUCAGCCUGUGGUGGUGGUGGCCAUUGCAGGGCUGUCUCGGACAGGAAAAUCCUACCUGAUGAACCGCCUGGUAGGACAGAACCAUGGUUUCCGACUGAACUCCACAGUGAGAUCUGAAACCAAGGGCAUCUGGAUGUGGUGUGUGCCCCACUCCACCAAGGAGAACCACACCCUGAUCCUUCUGGACACUGAGGGCCUGGGGGAUGUGAAAAAGGUCGACCCUAAGAAUGACUCAUGGAUCUUUGCCCUGACUGUGCUUCUGAGCAGUACCUUGGUCUACAACAGCAUGGGCACCAUCAACCACCAGGCUCUGGAGCAGCUGCACUAUGUGACUGAACUAACGCAGCUAAUCAGGGCAAAGUCGUCCUCAACCUCUGAGGAAGCAGAGGACUCCACCGAGUUUGUGAGUUUCUUUCCAGACUUUGUUUGGACUGUUCGGGACUUCACCCUGGAGUUGAAGAUAGAUGAAACCCCAAUCACCGAAGACGAGUACCUGGAGGAUGCCUUGAAGCUGAUUACAGGAACAAAUCCCAAAAUCCAGGACUCCAACUUGCCCAGGGAGUGUAUCAGGAAGUUCUUUCCAAAACGGAAGUGCUUCAUCUUUGACCGGCCUACAAGUGACAGAAAUCUCUUAUUCCAUCUUGAGAAGGUGCCAGAAGACAAGCUAGACAGUACUUUCCAGGAGCAAUCAAAGAAAUUCUGUACCUAUAUUUUCAAUCAUACAAAGACCAAGACCCUAAAAGAGGGAAUCAUUGUCACUGGGAGCCGGCUGGGGACUCUGUUGAAAGCCUAUGUAGAUGCCAUCAAGAAAGGAGCAGUGCCUUGCUUAGAGAACGUGGUGACAACUCUGGCUCAGCGUGAGAACUCAGUGGCCGUGCAGAGGGCAGCUGACCACUACAGCAAGCAGAUGGCCCAGAGAGUGACGCUCCCCACAGACACGCUCCAGGAGCUGCUGGAUGUGCAUGCAGACUGUGAGAGGGAAGCCAUUGCAGUGUUCAUGGAGCACUCCUUCAAGGAUGACAAGUGGGAGUUCCAGAAAAAGCUGGUGGACACCAUCGAGAAAAAGAAGGAAGAUUUCUUGCAACAGAAUGAAAAUGCAUCUUUCAAAUAUUGUCAGGCUAUAAUGGAGCAGCUUUCAGAGCCUCUGAAGAAAAGCAUUUCAAAAAAAACUUUCUCUGUUCGUGGAGGACACGAUCUCUACGUAAAAGCAAAGAGAAAGGUUGAACUUGACUAUGAACUGGUGCCCAGGAAAGGAGUUAAGGCAAAUGAGAUCCUCCAGAACUUCCUACAGUCACAGGCAGCAAUAGAGGAAUCCAUCGUGCAUUUAGACACAGCCCUCACUACGGGAGCCAUGGCCUUAGCAGUGGAGCGGGCCCAAAAGGAGGCAGCUGAGAAAAAUCAGGAGCAGCUAAAACAGAAAGAAAAUGAGCAACGGCAAAAAAUGGAGGCUCAAGAGAGGAGCUUCAAUGAAAACCUGGGCCAGCUGGAAGAGAAGAUAAAGAAGGAAAGAGAAAACUUUCGGGUAAUGCUGGAAAGAACGCUGAAGCAUUAUCUGCAGGUCCAAGAAGAAUUGCUUAAUGAAAGAUUUGGAAAGAAAUCUGAGGAGUUGAAUAAGGAGAUAAAUCGACUAAAAAAAGAAAUUGAAACAGCAAAAAAAACAGAUUCGCUGUUGAUUUCAAACGCAAUUGAAGUGGCUGGGAAAGUAUUAAUUGUUGCACUACCUGAAAUUUUUAAGCUAGUCCGUGAAGGGAAGACAUUUCUCAAUGAAAAAAAUUAAAUAGGCUUAGAUUUCUUGUUAAGGAUAUUAUAAAAUGAGGCUUCUUUUGUCUUAA